UCAUUUUCAUUCCGAAACUCAGUUUGGUAACAGAUUGGUAGAACAACAACCGGCCAAAAAAAAUUAUUCCAAAAAUUAUUUGAAAAGUUGUCUGGUUUUCUAAAGAUGGAGAACGGUCCAGAAUUUAGUUGGGAGUACAGUCAUGGCGGUCAGGGAAAUCCGUACAGCUCUCAGAUGGGAUCCAACACUUCGCCUCCGGGUGGCGGUGGACGUCAGUGGUUGCACUCGAAUCAGGCCAACACCCAAAACUUUAUGCACGGUUCAAGUCCCCACGGAUCGGGAUUACAUCCACAUCAGGCUUCGCCAGGAGAUCCCUUCGGCUCCUACAACCAAAACAUGCUGAACAUGUACACGAACUUUAAGCCCAGCUAUGGACACUCUCAAGUGGGCCCAGCUAUGAUCCAAGGAGUUGGUAACGAAUCUAGUCAAGGAAUGGGUCAUGGAAUGGGUCAUGGAAUGGGUAAUGGAAUGUCUGAAUCUAUGGGAAUGAGUGAAUCUGGCAUGAAUCCGGGCAUGAAUCGGGGCAUGAGCAAUGGUCUCGGCGGUGGCAUGGGCGGUGGUUUCAUGCGUGGAGGUCAAAGGUUAGCUGCAGGCUACUCCAGUCGCUCGAAUGGUCUAAAUGAUCCCAACCCGUCGCAAUCCCAUCGAGGUAGUUGGUUCUAAGCCAGUCCGUGGCUCCCAAGAUCCGCUAUUAAUAUCCAAUUAGAGAACUCGGGAAAACUUGGUAAUAAUCUCAUUUAACGGCGUCUGUAAAUUUGGCAAUUGAAAAAAAAAACUCUAUUUAUUUUGACAAUAAAUCGAAAUCUUCCGUUUAA